AUGCUGGAAAACGUUGCAGGUGUUAAAGUAAACGUUGAACUAUUUUGCAAAUUCAGGAAAAAUACAUCAGUUGAAGAAGAAGUUAAAUCAUUCAACACCAAGAGUCGGGCUAUUUUACCUGCAACAUCUUUAGCUGAGUGGUAUACAGACUUUGUAUAUGAAAAAAUGUUAAACAAGGUGGAAGAAUUUAAUCAAAAAGAUUCAGGGUGGAGUUUGACGGAAAUUACCAAUCUGGUGGUAACAAUGUCAAAAUACACACCUCUGCAAGGAGGGACUUCAACUUUUGUGAGGCUUCCUCGAGAUAUCCAGAUGAAACGAGCUGUUCUCAACAUAGAAAAUUUCGAUGAGUACUGUUUUCUAAGGAGCGUCGUAGCUGCGAUUCAUCUUCCUAACACUGGACAUCCUGAAAGAACAUCGGCGUAUCCUCAUUAUAGUGCUGUCCUAGAAUAUACAGAUCUUUCACGAUUAGUUAAAAGUCAGAUAUCAGCUUCGAAAAGCGAAUUAUUUUUUUGUGAUCGAUGCUUUAAUCAUUUUAAACUGGAAAAAUCGUUUGAAGAUCAUAAAAAAGACUGUUUCGCAUUAAAUAAAUUUCACAUGACGUUUCCGACUGAAGAAAAUAAAAUUUUAAAGUUUAAAAAUUACCAGUAUAAAGAUAUCGUACCAUUUGUUGUCUAUGCAGACCUAGAAUGUACACUUGAACCUCAAAAAAAUGAUAAUUCCGACAAACAUAUACCACAUAGUAUCGCAUUUUAUCGUUUUUGUAGUUAUAAUAACAAUUUAUCUAAAUUUGAACUGAAUCGAUCACAAACCUGCAUCGAGUGGUUUGUAAAAAAAUUAGAAUGUUUAGCAUUAGAAGUCGAAUCAUACUUAAAAAAUCCUGUUGCUAUGAAACCUCUGUCGAGACAACAAAAAGAGAGUCAUGAGCAAGCAACUGUUUGUCAUAUUUGUGAAAGGUCUAUAACUUCUGCUACAGUUAAAUGCUACGAUCACUGUCAUUUUACUGGUAACUAUCGCGGUCCAGCUCACUUAUCUUGUAAUAUAAAUUAUAGAAAAUCUCAAACUAUACCAAUAGUAUUUCAUAAUUUAUCUGGUUACGAUUCCCAUUUUAUAAUAAAAUCUUUAUCAACCGUUUUCGAGGGUAAAAUUACAUUAUUACCAAUUAAUAAAGAACGUUAUAUAUCUUUCACGAAGUAUGUCGAAAACACAUCAGUUUGCUUACGUUUUAUAGAUUCAUUCAGGUUUAUGGCUUCUAGUCUUGACAAAUUAGCAUCUAAUCUGAAUGAUUGUGAUAAACAAAUUACUCAACAACAUUACAAUGAUCCGGAAAAAUUUAAAUUAGUAACUCGAAAGGGUGUAUUCCCAUACGAGUACAUAACUGAUAUUGACAAACUUAAUGACAAACAGCUGCCUGAUCAGGACUCAUUUUAUUCUAAAUUAUCGAACGAUGGUGUAUCUGAUAAUGAUUAUUCUCUUGCUUAA